AUGUCAAAGGGAAAGGUAACUUUCGGUCAUUUCUGGGUUCGGAGCACGACUGGCUGCUUUUGUGUACAGCUGCUGCGGGAGGUGAAACAGUGGGCCAAAUUCUUUCAUCCUACGCCCGUGGGACCUUUGAAAAACUGUGUGGGUCCGUUCCUGUUUCAGGAUAAAGGUCCGUUUGCGGUCGAUAAACCAAAAGCUGCUUUUCAGUUCCCUUCUACAGACACACACUCUUCUUGACUGCAGGAUGGGCGCCCAAUCCGAUUCAACCCUCCAGUUGAUCCUCCUCUUUCCAAUCCGCCUUCUGAUCUGGCUGUACUCCCUCAUUUCCUUCUUACCCUGGUACUUCAUCACCAGAGCUGGCCAAAAGCAAUCACAGUCCAUGAGAAUGAAGGCCCGUUCUACUACAGGGUCCGCAGAGGGACCAUACCGCUCUGUGGACCACUUUGAUUCCCUGGCCACUGAAGACUUCCUGGGGAAGGACACCCUGGAUAAGCUAUUCAAGCAUGCAGUGCAGCGCUUUGGACCAGCUGACUGUCUCGGCACCCGAGAGGUGCUGAGCAAUGAGAACGAGGUUCAGCCCAAUGGCAAAGUGUUUAAAAAGCUGAUCCUGGGAGAGUACAGGUGGCUGUCCUACAAUGAACUGGACUCUGUAGUGAGUGAGUUUGGCAGCGGACUGGCAGCUCUGGGACAGCAGCCCAAAAGCACCAUCGCCAUUUUCUGUGAAACCAGAGCGGAGUGGAUGAUAACUGCUCAGGCAUGCUUCAGGCACAACUUCCCAUUGGUGACAUUCUAUGCUACACUGGGAGAGGAGGCGAUUGCAUAUGGGCUGAACGAAACCGGUGUCACUCAUUUGGUGACCAGCAUGGAGCUGCUGGAAACCAAACUGAAAAAAGUACUACCACAGAUCUCCAAACUGAAGCACGUCAUCUACGUGGACCAGAAGAAAGUGAACACAGAAGGCUACCCAGCGGGACUUUCCAUCCACAGCAUGCAGGCCGUACAGGAGCUGGGCGUCCUGCCGGAGAACAUGGAAAGGGAAACUGUGACGCCCCAGCCCUCUGAUCUGGCUGUGGUGAUGUACACCAGUGGUUCUACAGGCAGACCCAAAGGAGUUAUGAUAGUUCACAGCAACCUGAUUGCAGGGAUGACAGGCCAGUGCGAACGCAUCCCUGGACUUGGGCCCGACGACACUUACAUCGCCUAUCUGCCCCUGGCUCAUGUUCUGGAAAUGACAGCGGAAAUCUCUUGUGUAACAUAUGGCUGCCGGAUCGGUUACUCAUCCCCUCAGACUCUGUCCGAUCAGUCCACUAGAAUAAAGAAGGGAAGUAAAGGAGACUGCUCUGUGCUCAGGCCCACUUUGAUGGCAGCUGUGCCGGAAAUCAUGGAUCGCAUCAACAGGAAUGUGAUGAGCAAAGUGCAGGAAAUGAGCUACAUUCAGAGGACACUGUUUACUCUGGGCUACAAGUAUAAACUGGAGCAGGUCAAGAGAGGCUAUGACGCACCUCUUUGCAACAUGUUGUUGUUCCGGAAGGUGAAGAAACUGCUGGGUGGGCGAAUACGGAUGAUGUUGUCUGGUGGAGCUCCUCUGUCCUCAGCCACCCAGAGGUUUAUGAACGUGUGCUUCUGUUGUCCGGUGGGCCAGGGCUACGGCCUCACCGAAACCUGUGGAGCCGGCACCAUCACAGAAGUUGCAGAUUUCAGCACCGGCCGUGUUGGAGCUCCUCUGAUUUGCUGUGAGGUCAGACUCAGAGACUGGGUUGAAGGUGGCUACACCAGCAAAGAUGAGCCAAAUCCGAGAGGAGAGAUCCUGAUUGGUGGGCCCAAUGUAACCAUGGGUUACUUUAGGCAUGAUGGCAACGAUCAAGACUUUUUUGUGGAUGAGAAAGAUCAGAGGUGGUUCUGCACUGGAGACAUAGGAGAGGUUUACGCCGAUGGCUGUCUGCAGAUUGUAGAUCGCAAAAAAGAUUUGGUAAAACUGCAGGCUGGGGAGUACGUGUCUCUUGGUAAAGUGGAAUCGGCUCUGAAAAACUGUUCUCUCAUCGACAACAUCUGCGCGUAUGCAAACAGUGACCAGAACCACGUGAUCAGCUUUGUGGUUCCUAACCAGAAAAGGUUGGCUGAGCUGGCCAAGCAGAGAGGCAUCGAUGGAAAAUGGGAGGAAAUCUGCAAUCAUCCUGAAAUGGAAAAAGAAGUUCUGAAGGAGAUCACGGAGGUCGCAGCGAAAAUUAAACUCCAGCGAUUUGAAGUUCCACUGAUGGUGCGUCUAAGUCCUGAGCCCUGGACCCCAGAAACUGGUCUCGUCACAGAUGCGUUCAAGCUGAAGAGGAAAGAACUGAAGAACUACUAUCUCAACGAUAUAGAAAGAAUGUACGGAAGAAAAUAGUGCUGUUUAGAAUAUUACAAUAAUCAUCACAGUUUGUUUCUGUAAAUGGUUAGCCUAGCCUAGCCUUGACAAACAAAUGCACAAAGGGAAAAGAGUCUGGCACUUGAGUUCACUUAUAGAUUUUCAGCAAACCACCAGCCCAAAAAACUCUUACAGAUUUGCUACAGCAGGCUACCAUAAAAUUUCCGUCCAACGAUUUCUGACACGUUAGGAGAUUCAAGGUUUUUCCACAUCUUGGUUGUUUACCAAAGUGCCUGAAAGGCAAUGUUCUGUACACUUCUAAUUGAACCAGAACACAUUAAAUUAACUUGUGAUUGGUCAGAGUCUGGCCACAUUGAAAUAUAUAUAUAAAUACAGUAUAUGUGUAUUUUGUUUUUGCGGGGGUAUAGGAAGAGACUAGUGUUCUGGAGUAGGGGAACACUCCCAGUAUGGUUUGAUUUUCUAGUUGGUAGACGACAACCCUGGUACCCAGUCAAACUGUUUGUGCACCAGGAUUCAAGAAUAAUCUGUACAUAGUUGUUGCUGUUGAUCCAUAUGUGCUGCUUAUAUUUAUACGUGUAGGAUUUAUGAUCAUCUGAGAGAUGCACUAAAGUAGCGGGUCUUAUUUCAUCAAAAAGGUCAAAGACUUUCACAGCACUCUACUGCCAUCUGCUUAAAUCUGUCUCCACCUGGGUUCUAGGUGAUUAAAAAUACCACUGCUGCCCAAAUGUUGCUGAUUUAUUGCUGAGACUUCCAGCACAAAUAUUAACAAUGGUCACCGAAGAGGCUUGGAGUGGGUUAUAGUGGAACCAGAGCAUUGCUGCUACUAUGCCUUCAGGCUGCAGUACUGGUGUGGUAGAGCAGUAGGAAGAGCCAAAUAUAGAGAAAUGUAAAAAAAAAAAAGACUUUACUGCCGUGUAAUGUUUACAUAUUUAUUGAAAAAUAUGCCCACUUACAAACAGACACUGAUGAUUGAUUAAAAGUGAUCGUGUCUGUUUAUUCUUUUUUUUGUUUUUUUGUUUUUGUUAAACUACUGUUGCUUUUUUUAUUUUAAGAGCAAAAUAUGUAAAAGUAACUCAGGAAGACAAGUAAAUGUAUUAAAAUAUGAAAUUGUCAAAGGAAUGGUUUUGCUUCUAAAGAAACAUAAAAUGACAAGACUCUUGUAGGCACCUUAUUUAUUUAAGAGCUAGCAUGCUUAACCCCUAAAAACUCUUCCUAGCAAUAGUCACAGCUGGCAUACUGUAACACUGUGCGUAUCUUAAAUCUGCUAACUGCUCAAUAUACAAAUUUGGUAUCUGAACUCUUACUUUAUCAUCUUUGGAGUGUUUUCUACGUAUUUUUCCCAAGUAUUGUUGUAUUGAUGGGUUUUCAUUGUUGGCAACCACUUUUAAGAUGUCUAGUGAGCCAAUUUGUAUUUGUUACUCCCAUCAUGACCACAUGGCUUGUUGAACAUUUCAGAAAUAAACAUGUUUUUCGUA